UUGGUCUCGGGAUGUCCGGACGCGGGAAGCAGGGCGGGAAGGCGCGCGCCAAGGCCAAGACGCGCUCGUCGCGGGCGGGUCUGCAGUUCCCGGUGGGCCGCGUGCACCGCCUGCUCCGCAAGGGCAACUACUCGGAGCGCGUCGGGGCCGGCGCGCCCGUGUACCUGGCGGCCGUGCUCGAGUACCUGACGGCCGAGAUCCUGGAGCUGGCGGGCAACGCGGCGCGCGACAACAAGAAGACGCGCAUCAUCCCGCGCCACCUGCAGCUGGCCAUCCGCAACGACGAGGAGCUCAACAAGCUGCUGGGCCGCGUCACCAUCGCGCAGGGCGGCGUGCUGCCCAACAUCCAGGCUGUGCUGCUGCCCAAGAAGACCGAGAGCCACCACAAGGCCAAGGGCAAGUAGAAUCUUGGUUCACCUUGCCACCCCAGCUCUUCCCUGCCUAACCAAAGGCUCUUUUAAGAGCCACUUACUACUCUGAAGAACUGAGCGCUUCGAAAAACCUUCAUCCUUUGUAUUUUCAAAAAUAAUCUAACAGCAUUUAACACCAACCACACAACUUGGAAAAAAGAAAUUUAAAGUUCGCUUUUAUAAAGCCCUAAGUUUUUGUUUUUAUUAAGAUUUUAUUUAU